UCCUGUGCGCUGGGCUGCAUGGCUGCACAGGUGCUGCAUGAAUUAGUUGUUUUCUAGUAACACAAGACGUAAACAUAUUUGUAAUUAAUAUGGAACCGCGUAUAUUGACCCUAGAUGGCCAGUCCGGAGGGAAUCCAAACUUGUUUCUUUUUAAUUUGGUUGAAUUUUGCGUCGAUGCAGUCACCACCUGUUUCUCUCGUGCCGCUGACAAACUUUGCGUCCCCAUCGGUCUGAGCUCUCUAUCUGCGCUGCUUUUACUGCUAUCAUGCAUUCUGCUCGUAUAUCAGAGGUGCACAUUUCGUGUGCGAAAUCCGGGAGAAACCAUCAUUUUCCUUUACAGCCUCCUCGGUAACCUGUGUAGCACAAGUGGAGCCAUUCUGUCCAGGCAGCUUUAUAUUCAGAUUUUGUUGGGUGCUUUUGCGGCUUCUAUGGAUGCUGUCAGUUGUAUUUCUUGCUGCUUACCUGUGCUCCUAUGUUGGAACUCAAAGGCAGAGAAGAGGCUGAGGAUGAUAAGGGGGCGGAGGAGGCAGCACCUCCUGGCAGUGUGUGUACUGAUGGUGGUUGCUGGUGGUUUUCUGAAGUCUAGGGUCCCCGACUCUGUAGACGGGCAUCUUAGCGGCAGGAGACUGAUGCAUGCCACCUUCCAAGACAACACUGAAAUCCUGGGUUACAUACUUGGCCUGCUGUCUUUUGUCAUCGCCUGUACCUCCAGGUUCCCUGCACUCUGUAGAACAUACAGAGGAGAGAUGUUGACCUGUGCCCACAUCUUCUCUGGGCUGCUGUGCUCAAUGGCUGGUGCCCUGUAUGCUACGGUCAUACUCCUCUACAGCACUCAGUUUGGGUUUCUUUUAAGGGUCAUGCCUUGGCUGCUGUCGGCAAUAUGCUGCUUCACCCUGGACCUUCUUAUACUUGUCAUCCACUUGUGGAAGAGAGGAACGAUACGGCAGCUUGUACAUUUUUCUCCAGACAGAGAGAGCCUUUUAGGAGGCUCAGGCAUCCACACUGAGGAUAACGCUGUCAUGAAGACACAAAGAAAACAGCACGUUCAUUUUUCAGGAAGGACAAAAACAAAAACUGUUCAGAAGAUGAUUGAGAUGGGCCGUUAUAUGGAUGUCACUCUUCAACCUGCAGAAAAAACCUGCCUGCAGAAAGUGACGUUGUCCGAGGUGAAGGACCUGCCUCUCAACAGGACACUGCGAGUGAUCGGGGGCGACAGUUUCUGCUCCUCAGGUACAUCUUGUGACUCUUCCCCAGUCAGCUCUGACCUGGAGUGGGAUUUUGAAGAGGCAAAUCCCCCGUGGAGAGAAUCAACAGUAAAUCAACAGGAGGGAGAAGAGUUUCAGACUCAAGAAAGGCCAACAAACCCCAAACCCUUUAACUUCUGCACCUGUGCCAUGUUUGGAUUCCCACAGAAAUGUCCGUCUUGUAGAAAUGAGAAUGAUAUGCAACUUUGACAAAAUAAUAAUUUCAUUAUCAGUUACUAAUGUGAAACACAUCUGACGCAUUUAUUUAAGGGGAAAUAAAAAGUGUGGACAAUGA